AUGGUCACUUGUUCUCUUCUCUUGUUUUUAUUUCCCUUACUUUUGUUGCUUUCAGUAGAAGCAACAGCUAAUGGAAGCGCAACGGAGAAGGGCCCAGUUGCUGGCGUUGUAGGUGCAAUUGUCGAUCAGGAUUCUCGCAUUGGUAAAGAAGCAAAAAUAGCCAUGGAGAUGGCUAUCAAGGAUUUCUAUGAGAAGACGAAUCAACGUUUUCAUGUCCACAUAGUAAAUUCUCAAAACGAUCCCGUUCAAGCCGCUUUUGCAGCCAAAAAUCUAAUUGAUACACAAGAAGUUCAGGCCAUACUAGGACCACACACUUGGGAAGAAACAGUAAUGGUUGCAAAUAUUGGUAGCCAAGCUCAUAUUCCGAUUCUUUCUUUAGCUGAAUCAAGUCCACGGUGGGCAUCAGAGCGAUGGCCCUUUCUUGUUCAAGCCGCGCCUAGCCAGUGCAAACAAACGAAAGCCAUAGCAGCCAUUGUUCAGUCAUGGGAAUGGCAUCAGGUCACUGUUAUAUAUGAAGAAACUGGAUUAUCUUCAACCGCUGCAGUAGUGGUGCCUCAUCUCUAUGACGCCUUCCGAGAAGCAGAUGUUGAAAUCACAAAUCUUGUAGCUUUCCCACCUCUUGAUUCUUCUUCAUUGUCUGAACAGCUUGAGAUGAUCAAAAGAGGGCAAUGUAGAGUCAUUGUAGUUGAUUUAUCAUUUCCAUCAGCCACACGUCUAUUCGAAAAGGCCAAGGAGAUGGAGAUGAUGGAAAAGGAUUACGUAUGGAUCGCUACAGACGCCUUUACAAGCCUUGUCGAUUCUAUUAAUGCCACAAGCAUUUCCUCAAUGCAAGGAAUUAUAGGAGUCCAGAGCUACUUCCCCAGUAAUAAUGAUCUCCAUAAGGAGUUUCAUAUGAGAUUCCGCACAAGGUUUAGCUCGGAGUAUCCAGAAGAGGACAGACGCGAAGCUGGUAUUUAUGCAGUACAGGCAUAUGAUGCUGUAUGGACAGUGUGUCAAGCAAUGUUUAAGAACAGCAAGGCCGGGGGACAAAAAUUGUUGGAUACAAUUCUGUAUAGUAAAUUCAAUGGAUUAAGUGGACUGAUUCAAUUCGAAGAGAAAAAAUUAGCUCCAGGGAAAAUAUUUCGGAUCAUCAAUGUGCUUGGAAAGAGUUACAGAACACUUGGUUUCUGGUCAGAGUCAGACAACGGAUUCUCUCGGACAUUAGAUGAAAGAGCUACAUUUAAUCAUUCAAUGAAGAGUUUGAAACGUGUGAUUUGGCCAGGCGAACCUAGGUCAACUCCAAGAGGAUGGGCUAUUCCAACCAACGCAAAGUCUCUGAGAAUCGGUGUGCCCAAUGGAACAACUUUCAAGGAAUUUUUGACCGUGGUCCGGAAUCCUGAAGAGAACAAUUACACAUUUGGAGGAUAUGCUAUUGAUCUCUUCGAAGAAACAGUUAGCAAUUUACGAUAUCACCUUGCUUACAAAUUUAUCCCCAUUGACGGCAACUAUGAUGCUUUAGUGCAGCAAAUUCAUGAUCAGACAUUGGAUGCUGUAGUUGGUGAUGUAACAAUUCUGUCCAGCCGACUCCAGUAUGCAGAAUUCACACAUCCCUACACGGUGCCAGGAUUGGUGAUGGUGGUUCCGGUGCGAUCACGAGCCAGCAGUAAAGCAUGGCUAUUCAUGAAGCCUUUUACAAAAGCGAUGUGGGGUUUCACAGUAGCUAUAACUCUUUACAAUGGGUUUGUGGUGUGGUUAAUUGAGCGGAAUCAUUGCUCCGAACUAAAAGGUUCAGUUCUCAAUCAAAUCACCACCUUGAUUUGGUUGUCCUUCUCAACACUCUUCUCUUUACAUGCUGAAAAAUUACACAGCAGUCUAUCCAGGAUGGCGAUGGUGGUUUGGUUGUUUGUGGCACUAGUCAUCACGCAAACUUACACAGCUAAUCUCACCAGCAUACUCACAGUGCAGAGGCUUGAACCCACUGCUACAGAUAUUGAGUCACUGCAGAGAAGUAAUGCAAUGAUCGGAUAUUGCAGGGUAUCUUGCCUUGAAACAUAUCUGGUCCAAGUUCUAAAAUUCAACCCCAAUAACUUAAAAAAGUAUUAUUCUUUCUCGGAAGACUAUGUUCAGGCACUUAGAAGCAAAGAAAUAGAAGCCAUCUUUCUUGAUGUUCCCAUAGCCAAAAUAUUUACUGCAAAGUACUCCAAGGAGUUUAUUGCAGCUGGACCGACCUACAAAACUGGAGGAUUCGGAUUCGCUUUUCCUAAGGGUUCUCCAUUGGUUCCUGAGAUGAACAAAGCGCUUCUGAAAGUAUCCGAAAGUGGGAAGGCACGAGAAUUGGAGAAGAAGAUGCUUGCAACUCAGAAUUGUGAGGAGAUGGAAUCAGAAGAAGAUUUUUCCAGUAUUAGUGUGACUAGUUAUUGGGUACUCUUCACGUUAACAGGAUUCACAUCAACAGUUGCUCUUGCAGUUUAUGUUGCUCAUUUGUAUUCGAAACUUGAGGAACCAAUUUUCGGAAACCAAAUCAUUUGGAGACUUAUGUCGGCUGUAAUUGCACCUUGGGGACAGCAGAAGAAGUGGUUCUGCAGAAAAAUUAGUGAUAUUGAAAGUCCUUCUAAUGUUCCAUGA